AUGGUUUCCUCAUCCAAGGAGAAGAGACUCGCCAAGAAGGCCGCCGAGGGCAAGCUCGAUAAGAAGAAGGGCUCUAAGAAUGUCAGCACGACUGCCUCAUCGGUCAACGGUGAUGAGGUCGCCGCCAACAAUGACUCGGAAGAGAUCAAGCGCCUCGCCGACCAGAUGGACAAGCACGGCAUUUCUGACCGUGUCACCACCGGUGUCCUGGCCUCCACCCAGGCUAGCAGAGACGUCAAGAUCACCAGUGCCUCCCUCGUCUUCCACGGCCGCGUCCUCUUCAACGAUACCACCCUCGAGUUGACCUACGGACGCCGAUACGGUCUCCUGGGAGAGAACGGUUGCGGAAAGUCCACCCUUCUCAAGGCCAUUGCCGCCCGCGAGUUCCCCGUUCCCGAGCACGUCGAUAUCUACCUGUUGAACGAGGGUGCUCCUCCCACCGACCUCGGUGCCCUUGAAUGGGUCGUUACAGAGGCCGAGCGCGAGAUGGAGCGUCUCGACAAGUUGGCCGAGAAGAUUCUCGAGGACGAGGGUCCCGAGUCCCCUGUCCUUAUGGACCUGUACGAGCACAUGGAGAAGAUGGACCCCUCUACCUUCUCUACCCGCGCCUCCCUUAUCCUGACGGGUCUGGGUUUCAACAAGGUCACCAUCCACAAGAAGACAAAGGACAUGUCUGGUGGCUGGAGAAUGCGUGUCGCCCUUGCCAAGGCUCUGUUCGUCAAGCCCUCGCUGCUGUUGCUUGACGACCCCACUGCCCAUUUGGAUCUUGAGGCCUGUGUGUGGCUUGAGGAGUACCUCAAGAAGUGGGACCGUACCUUGGUCCUCGUUUCCCACUCCAUGGAUUUCCUCAACGGUGUCUGCACCAACAUGAUCGACAUGCGUGGCAAGCAGCUUCUCUACUACGGAGGUAACUACGACAUUUACGACAGAACCCGUACCGAGCAGGAGACGAACCAGAUGAAGGCAUACCAGAAGCAGCAGGACGAAAUUGUGCACAUCAAGAAGUUCAUUGCCAGCGCCGGUACCUACGCCAACUUGGUCAGACAGGCAAAGUCUCGUCAGAAGAUUCUCGACAAGAUGGAAGCCGACGGUUUCAUCCAGCCCGUCAUCCCCGACAAGGUCUUCACCUUCCGUUUCGCCGACGUCGAGAAGCUUCCCCCUCCCGUCCUUUCCUUCGACGACGUUACCUUCUCCUACUCUGGCGACCCCAAGGACGACCUGUACCGCAACAUCGACCUCGGUUUCGACAUGGACUCCCGUACCGCCCUCGUCGGACCCAACGGUGUUGGCAAGUCUACUCUGCUGCGCCUGAUGACCGGCAAGCUCUCUCCCACCGCCGGUUCCGUCACACGCCACACUCACUUGAAGCUGGGUCUGUACUCCCAGCACAGCGCUGAGCAGCUCGACUUGACCAAGUCCGCCCUGGACUUCGUCCGUGAGAAGUACGCAGAGAAGUCCCAGGACUACCAGUACUGGCGCCAGCAGCUCGGCCGCUACGGUCUGACCGGUGAGGCCCAGACCUCCCUGAUCGGCACCCUGUCCGACGGACAGAAGUCCCGUAUCGUCUUCGCCCUGCUCGCCAUCGAGUCCCCUAACAUGCUGUUGCUCGACGAGCCUACCAACGGUUUGGAUAUCCCCACCAUUGACUCUCUGGCCGAGGCCAUCAACGCCUUCUCCGGAGGUGUCAUCGUCGUCUCCCACGACUUCAGACUUCUUGACAAGAUUGCCAAGCAGAUUCUCGUGUGCGAGGACCGGACCAUCAAGCCUUGGGGCGACUCCAUCGGGGCGUACAAGAACUACCUUCGCAAGAAGAUGGUUUCUGCCGGCGCUGUCUAA